AUGGACGACAAGAAAUAUUCAGGAGAGGAGUUGGACACCGAUGAGCCUAAUGCAGAAACGGCAGCAAUACGUCACUGCGCAGAAGAGUUACUAAGGCAAGAGUUUGAGAAAAAUACUAUUGCAAUAUACUCUGAUAGCCAAGCAGCUAUAAAAGCAAUUAGCUCCAUGCAGGUCAAUUCUAAUUUGGUCUGGAACAGCCUAGAAAAACUACAAGAACUAGGUAGUCAAAACAGACUUUCAUUAGCCUGGGUACCAGGGCACACAGGAUACAAGGGCAACGAAGAGGCUGAUUCACUAGCACGAGAAGGAGCACGAUGCUCCCCCAUUGGCCCAGAACCCUUUUGUG